AUAUAAAUCCCCUUCUUUCCUAAAAUAAAGAAUUUCAAACAUCCCACCACCUAUUCCUCUCCGGCCAACCACCACCCCAACAUUUGACGGUCAACCGCAAUCUUAAUUUUUCUGUCUCACACACACACAAACACAAUUAAGGAGCUCAAAAAAAAAAAUCUGAUGGCGGCAGCAGCAGCAACAACAAUAGAAGGACAAGACAGGGUUUUAGCAACAGCACAACAGAUCGUAAAAAGCCUCAACGUCAACAAUAAAGCAACAGAAGACAUGAUUCUCAUCUUAUCAAGUUUCGAUAACCGUUUAUCAAACAUCACCGAUUUAAUCGGAGACGAAGAGUCCGGUUUCACAUCGGCUGAAAAAGUCAUCCUCCGACAAGAUUCCGCUAAUCUCGGUGAUGAUACCGAUGAGUAUUUAAGUGCUGUUGAUGCUAUUAUUAAACUAACUGAAACUUUAAACAUUGAAUCAUCACAUAAUAAUAAUAAUAAUACUGAAAAAAUCGAUAUAAUUGACCGAGCUGAAAACGCUCUCCAGUUAGCUAUGUCUAAACUUGAAGAUGAGUUUUUACAUUUGUUGAUUAAGAGUAGUGUUAGUUUAGAUAUAGAUAUGUUGUACGGAUCCAUACGUAGAGGCCCUUCCUUUGAAAUUGAUGAUGAUUUUGAAAGUGUUAGUAGUAGUUAUAGAGAUAGAGAUGCUGUUGUUGAUGAUAACGAUGGGGAUGGGAAUGGGAGUGGGAGUGCUUACUUUCAUGAUAGGGGAUUAAGUUUAGGAGGCGAUGUUUAUGUUGAUUUGAUACACACGGAUGCUACACGAGAGCUCAAGGCGAUUGCCGAUAGGAUGAUUAAGGCCGGUUACGAGAAGGAGUGUUGUCAGGUUUAUAGUAAUGUGAGAAGAGAUGUGUUGGACGAGUGUUUGUCGAUUUUGGGAGUUGAGAGACUGAGUAUUGAAGAGGUGCAAAGGAUCGAGUGGAAGGUUUUGGAUGAGAAAAUGAAGAAAUGGAUCCAAGCGGUCAAGAUUGUGGUCAAGGUUUUGUUGUAUGGGGAGAAACGGUUAUGUGAGCAAGUGUUUAGUGAGUCGGAGAUGAUUAAAGAGAUUAGUUUUGUUGAGACGACCAAAGGGUGUGUCAUGCAGAUGUUGAAUUUUGGUGAGGCGGUUGCGAUUGGGGUAAGGUCGUCUGAGAAGUUGUUUAGGAUUCUUGAUAUGUACGAUGUUGUUGCGGAUGCCGUGAGUGAUUUUGAGAUGUUGUAUACCGAUGAAGCUGGGGAGUUGGUUUGUGAGGAAGUUAAGGUUGUUUUCAAUGGGUUAGGUGAAGCGGCGAUUGGGACGUUUGUUGAGUUUGAGAAUGAUGUGAAAGGUGAGAACUCGAGAAGGGCUUUACAGGGAGGUGAGAUUCAUCCCGUGACUCGUUACGUUAUGAAUUAUCUUAAGUUGUUGGUUGAUUAUAGUGACUCGUUGAAUACUUUGUUGCCAAAUAGUCAAGAUCAUCGUGAUUUGAGUUCUAAAGAACUUGAUGACAUCGACAGUGGUGAUACUAUGUCUCCUAUUUCCUGUCGAUUGUUGUCCUUGAUUACUUCUUUGGAAGCUAAUCUUGAGGAGAAAUCAAGAUUGUAUGACGAUAAUGCACUAAGAUACAUAUUCUUGAUGAACAAUAUUCUUUAUAUUGUUCAGAAAGUUAAAGACUCUGAGCUCAGAAACCUUUUGGGGGAUCGAUGGAUACGCAAACAUCGUGGUCAGAUACGUCAAUGGCACACAAGUUAUCUUAGAUCGGCAUGGGGGAAGGCGUUAAUGUGUUUGAAAGAUGACGGGAUUGGUGUGGGAUCAAGUAGUGCUUCUAAGUUGGUUCUUAAAGAUAGAUUUAAGAACUUUAAUGCAUGUUUUGAAGAAAUAUACAGGGUACAGUCACUUUGGAGAGUCCCCGAUGGUCAACUUCGUGAAGAACUUCGAAUAUCUAUAUCUGAAAAAGUACUUCCUGCUUACCGGGCAUUUGUGGGAAGAUUUGGGAGUCAACUAGACAGCGGAAGACACGCCGGAAGAUACGUAAAGUAUACCCCUGACGAUCUAGAGAACUACUUGUCGGAUCUAUUUGAAGGAAGACCUGCAGUUUUGAACAACAUUAAAAGAAAAGGUACAUAGUAUACAGUCAUGCAAAACCCUUAGCGGGUAUGUUUAAUUUCCUGAUUCGAUCAUGAACUGUUGUUUUGGUCGUCAUCAAUGUUGUUGUUUGUGUCACAGGGUUUGGGUAGAAUGUAGUGAAUUACCCGCCUCAGUAUACUGUAAUAAUUUUGUGCAUGUAUAUUAGAUCCUCCUAAAUAUGUAACUUAUCUUACAGUCCAUGUAUUCAUUGUCAUGAAUGCAUUGCCUAAAAUUGUGUUAUGAUAUAUUUGAUGAUCUUUUGGCA